AUGCAAAAGUCGGCCAGCGCUUCUGUGCAAGAACCGCAAGAACCAUGGCAAUCGGCCGCCACCAGCGCUUCCGACCUUCCGAGUCGUAAUCCGAACUUUGACGAAGAGGCGCCGCGGUCGGCUUUCUCGGUUGUCGAAGGCACGGCGGAUUUGUCAACACUCACGACUCAUCUCACGGGUCAUAGUACAGAUGACCACUUUCCAGAUGGAGGGUGGCGAUCGUGGAGUGUGGUGAUGGGGUCGUUCUUUCUUUUGAUGAGUACUUUCGGUGUGAUGAACACAACCGGAAUUCUCCAGAGCUAUUUGACUACUCAUCAAUUGUCGAACUACUCGCCCAGUGCGGUCGGAUGGAUUCCAGGUCUUUUCACAUUCUUCGGGUUGAGCGUGUCUGUUCAGAUCGGACCAAUGUUCGAUCGAUAUGGACCUACGUAUCUCCUGAUGAUCGGCACGGCGUGUUAUAUCACCGGCCUGCUUCUGAUGGCCGAGAGCUAUCUAUACUGGCAUUUUGUCCUGACCCUUGGUGUGCUUGCCGGAACAGGAACGGCAUUCUUGAGCACCGUCGCCUUGGCCUGUCCGACCCAAUGGUUUGAUCGAAAAGCAGGUCUCGCUAUUGGAAUUUCAAUGGCGGGCGCAGGUCUCGGCGGUGUCGUCUUUCCAUUCAUGCUCAGAUCGGGCUUUACGCAACUGGGCUAUAGAUGGACUAUCCGGUUGUUGGCUUUGGUGGUACUGGUAAUGUGCGCCAUUGGAAUCACGUUUGUCAAGGCUCGUCUUCCAAAGGGUAGAAGCAAGUCUACUGUCAACUUGCGCUCUUUGAAGGAUGCGAGAUUCACCUGGUUGACGCUGGGUAUCUUUGGACUCGAACUUGAGGUCUUUGCUGGCCUGGGUCUUUAUCCAACAUACGUCGUGAUGCAGGGGUUUUCAAAUAGCGACAGUGUCAUCCUUCUGGCAGUCCUGAGCAUAGCCUCCACAAUCGGUCGACUCGUAGCCGGCGGCGUGGCCGAUCGUUACGGGAGGAUCAACACCCAAGCAACUCUGAUCGCAUUGGGUAUACUUGCUGUAUUCGUAAUCUGGCUACCAUUCGGAAACACGCUGCCGGGUCUAUACAUGUUCUCGACCAUCUUCGGACUCGCUUCAGGGUCAUUCCUGAGCUUAGCGCCGGCCUGCAUCGGCCAAAUCUCCAAAGCCAGUGAAGUAGGCGGAAGGUUCGGACUCACCUAUUCAAUAGUCAGCUUUGCCACUUUGAUCUGUAUCCCUAUUGGUGGCGAGAUGCUCGAUAAAGUCGGCAAACAAGCCAUGGUGGCAUACCUCGGAAGCGUGUUAGUCGUUGCUCUUGGAUUCUUUGUCAUGGCACGAUGGGCAUGUUUGAGCUAUCGGUGGAGAUGGCAUGCCAAAAUCUAG